AAACUGCGAGCCCUGUCGGUCAUUCACUUCAACGACCUGAUCGAAUCCAUGGAAGCCACGUCGCAACGCUGGAGAUGGAGCCUGCUGCUGUGGAACUCAUCGGCAGCAUGAUCAUUCGACAGGCGAGGAGCAACCUGGCGUACUCGCGGAUGACGGACUUCAUCGAGGGCGACCCGGAGGCGCUGCUGGUGGUGGAGGUGAUCGCGGACAGCGAGCCUGAACUGAUGGCGAAACUGGAGCGGCUGGAGGCGCGCGUGAAGCGCGAGGGUAUGGGAUACGCGAUGCCACGACUCAUCAAGCCUGCCGACCAGCGAAGGUGUGGGAUGUGCGGAAAGCCGGGCUGGGUCUGA